AAGGGGGUUUUCUUAAUCAGAGUGUUUUUUUUGGUCUGAGGGAAAGGAGGAAGAAGGAGAUUGCAAUGGAGAAAGGGGGUCUGUAAAACGUCAGGCGCGGCACAAAGGCUUUGCCACGUAAUUACAGGCUCCUAUUAAGUCGAGAUCUGCCCUCCCAGGGGUCUCCAAUUUUCUUGUAUUCCCUACAAAGUCUCCUCUGCAUGCCAGUUUGUGCCUUUUGAAGUGCCAGAGAGCUUCUUGAUCCAACUGAGAAGGAAAAAGGAGCUCGCCGAGAAGAGGGGGAGAGCGAGAAGGGAAAGGGGGGAACCCACCACCACCCUCCUUCGGACCUUGGAGCCCUACUUUUUAGUUUUUCUUUUUCUUUUUUUUUUUUUUUUUCCUUUUUUACGCCUUAGGAAAAGUAAAGUGAGAAUCCUGCUCUCUAAUACAUCUGCAAGACAUCACCCUCUCCUCCUGAAACUUUAGUCACUCCUGAGAAUCCACAGGAGUGCAGAGAGGGGGGAACACGUUUUCUUGAAGAUGUUUUAAAGCUGGAACAAGCCUUCUUCUGUUGAUGCUUGAACUCUUGCCGGGGAAUAACUUCUUUAAAAAAACAUUUUUUAAAAACCCACUUUGAUUCUUGUCUCCCACCCCUUCCUCCGUCGUCUUCUGUUUGCCUAACUCCCCCGCCCUGCUGGCCUCCGCUUUCCUCUCUCCCCUUAUUAUUAUUUUUAGUGUGUGCGUGGUGUGGACGCUUUUUGAAAAUUGAAUUUUUUUUCUCCUGACCUGAACAGGGUAACUUUUUAAUUUUAUUUUUUGGUGUGGACUAUCUCUGUUUGGACCGCGCCGGACUUGGCUUCAGGAAAGCAACCAAGGCUUCGGAAGGCUGCGGGUGCAGAGCGCUCAGCUCCGCAGAAGGGGUCCCCCGCCCUUUUCCCCACAUUUUUUGCUCUCUCUUCUCUCUCUCUCUCUCUCUCUCUCUCUCUCUCUGCACUCCCCCCUCUCUCUUCCCCACUCGCCUCCUCUCCCCCCUCGCCCCCACAGCCUUUGGUGUUGAUUCGAGCGGGAAGAGGGGGGUGGGUGGGAUCGAGGGGGGACCAUGACCUCCAGCUACGGGCACGUUCUGGAGCGGCAGCCGGCGCUGGGCGGCCGCUUGGACAGCCCGGGCAACCUCGACACCCUGCAGGCGAAAAAGAACUUCUCCGUCAGUCACCUGCUAGACCUGGAGGAGGCCGGGGACAUGGUGGCGGCGCAGGCCGACGAGAGCGUGGGCGAGGCGGGCCGGAGCCUGCUGGAGUCGCCGGGUCUCACCAGCGGCAGCGACACCCCGCAGCAGGACAAUGAUCAGCUGAACUCAGAGGAGAAAAAGAAGAGAAAGCAACGAAGGAACAGGACAACAUUCAACAGCAGUCAGCUGCAGGCUUUGGAGCGUGUCUUUGAGCGGACACACUACCCUGAUGCAUUUGUGAGAGAAGACCUUGCCCGCCGGGUGAACCUCACUGAAGCCAGAGUGCAGGUGUGGUUUCAGAAUCGAAGAGCCAAGUUCCGCAGGAACGAGAGAGCUAUGCUGGCCAACAAAAACGCUUCCCUCCUCAAAUCCUACUCAGGAGACGUGACUGCUGUGGAGCAGCCCAUCGUACCUCGUCCAGCACCCAGGCCCACCGAUUAUCUCUCCUGGGGGACGGCCUCUCCGUACAGAUCCUCGUCCCUCCCAAGAUGUAUAUACGAGGGGCUUCAUAACGGAUUCUAACGGAAGACACUGAAAAGCGCCAUGGCUACUUAUUCUGCCACAUGUGCCAACAAUAGCCCUGCACAGGGUGUCAACAUGGCCAACAGCAUUGCCAACCUGAGACUGAAGGCCAAGGAAUAUAGUUUACAGAGGAACCAGGUGCCAACAGUCAACUGAGGAAAAACAAUAAUUAAACAGGCCUAAGAAGAAAUCAAAAACCAUAAGACACCUAUCCUGCUCUGUCAUUUCGUCCUCCGCUGGAAAAAAAAAAAAAAGUAAAACAAACAAAUAAAACAGAACCAAAAUAUUGGGACCAUGACAGAAAAAAGCAGGAGAGGAGCAAAAUGAAAAUUAGUUAACAAAUGUUCCUUCUCCCUCUGGGAUACCACCACCAUUUGUUUCUGUAUGUGUUUAUUUUAUUUUUUCCUUCUAUUCACGCUUUGCUUAAUAUACUCUAAGCUUCUUCAGUUAGGUUCGGCCCAUUCAUCACAUAAUUUUAUGAGGUUUUCAGAAAAUCUUCUGCAGCCAAAGAAAUUACACAUAUAUAUUCAGAACAAAUACCUGUAGUCUCCCAUCAACCUGUUUAAACCCCAGUGCCUUACUCUGUCAUCUUCCCAGUUCUCCUUGGGUGCGUUUGAAAAGCCAAAGUCUCUUUGAAGGAUGUGUGCCCGUGAUAAUUCCCUUUCCCAUUUCCGUUUCUGUUGCACAUGGUGAUGUUUUCGAUCAGCUGCUGGAAGAAAAGAAUUGUGUAUAACUUCUGGUCACUAGUUUGUUGAUCAACAUGAUGGACUGUGUCUGGUUAAUUCUAAGCUCUAGAUGUACACUCUAGAUGUAAAUUAUGGAUUUAAACCUCAAGCUAUCUGUUAUUAUGUCACCAGCAACAACACCCUUUAUCUCCGUACAUUUGGCCAUCUUAAAGAUACUUAUCUGCGAACAAUUUGCUGUCACAGGCUCUUUGAUAGAGGAAAUAUUUUUCACUUGAGAGAGGGAGAGAAAUUUCUUUAGGAAAACAAAGACUGGAUUUCAAAAGGCAUACACUAACAUCUUUUUGGUGCCUUAAGGGUAGUCAGAUGCACAUUUAGAUAUGUAUAUAUAUAUACUGCAUAUAUUUAUAUAUUAUAUAUAAAAUAUUGCAAGCUUGAAUUUGCAGUGUCUCAAAUCUACAAAAACCAACUUUCACUGCGUCACUACUAUUCUUAUCUCGACGGUGAUAAAAUGUAAAUUAGGUAUCUUGCUGCUUUUUGUAUCCUACACAAAAUUUUCAUUAAGUCCACAGAACAAUUGGUAGGGCAGCUUUCUAAGGCCUGUGUUCACAUUGGGGCUUUAAAAUGAAUUAGAAAGUACUAGGCACUGUAAAGAUGUCCUUGCAUUUGGAGACUGAGCUCUGGUGGAAUGCUGAUAUAUUCUGCUCUGUUUUGGGAAUUACACUUAGAGAAGAGAAAUAUAUUUAGUUACCUGCUCUUUCUUCACUCAACAGAAAAAUAUGAAACAAAUGUUUAAGCAGAAUACACAAAAGUUUGUCGACAUUCUAAAACUUUUAAAGGCAACUGUGGAAUUUUAUUUUUUUAGUAUUUUGAAAUAAAGCUUAGCAUCUAGGACUGGGAUUGGGACUGAUAUUUCUUUGUUUCUAUUUCUUUGUUUCCAGCCAUACAUUUGUAAGUUUCAUGGUGGACUUGACCAAACCAUUACCAUGCAGUGCCUCAAUUUACCUAUUUAUAAAAUGGGUUUAACAAUACUUACCUACCUCACAGGGGUGUUGUGAGGCUCUAUUUCUUUGCUCCUUUAUUCUUUCCUGCUUUCUUGGGUGUCCAGCACUCUUUUGCCAUGGGAGGAGAUCUCUGAAAAUGUACAGUGUCAAUGGAAUCAUGUGGUACCUGGGUGCCUUUUUUUUUUUUUUUAGCAAGGAAUUGCUACCUUGCUGUACAUACUUAUAAUCUUGUAUUUAGAAAGGAGAAAUAGGUAUAUUUUUCAGAUAUCUCAAAAGUCACAACAUUUGACCAAAAAAUAAUUUAAGACACACAGAAUAGACAUAUUUUUAACUUAUAUUCUUACCCUGACUAGUGAUUAAAAAAUUGUUGAUCAAUUUUGGCCAAAUGUACCAACUUUGUACUGUGAGUUACAGGUAAGAAAUUUAGGGUAUAAAAUGCACUUUUAGCACACAUUUACAUUUUCCUUGGUACAUCACAAUGAGUGAUUAUUUUUUCCAGUAAAAUAGCCACCAUCUGAAAAUGUGUUUCAAGUGUUGAGUUUCUAUUUCUUCCAGUAGUGAGAAGAAAUCCCGUCUUAUUAUUUUGCUUUCAACUAUUGAUUCCCUCUUCUCAUAAUACACUAGCAAAGCAUUUCUUAGGAAAAGUUCAUGUAGGCUGGGUGAACAACAGCACACGCCACUUGCUUCUAAGGAGUCCCUCAACUCAUUUUGUCCCAUUAGUUUCUGUGGAUCAUUAAGUUUCAAAAGAACAGCAUGCCCUUACAAACUGAGAUAUGCUUUGAUGUGGGAAGUGAGUGUAAUCCAAGAGAUUGCUGACUUUGAAGGGUAUGCAUUUGGAGGAGUAUAUCUCAAAAGAGAACUUGUGUUAUAGGGGAAGGAACAGAAAUCACACGUGAAAAGAUUUUGCUAAGAAGCAGAUAAUGUUAGAAGAGAAGCUUAGAAAGGGAGAAUCUAGGAUGAGAAUCAUAGAGCUUAGACAGACAACCACUUGUCUGACCAACAGAAAAGCCUGACCCAUAAACAUGAAUAGUGGAGGUAAUUAUAGUGUUUAUCCAGUGUCUUGUAUGAACAAUACCUGGGAAUUGCGUAGAGUAACCAGCGUUGAGCGGUCAUAUGAAUGUUUAUUGUUGGUUAGCUAAUUCCAAAAACAUCUAUUAUGUGAGCACUGGGUCAAAUAGUAUACGUGUAGUGGCAGCAUUCAGUCUUGUUCAUUUAUUAUUGAUUUUUUAAAAGUGCAACUUUGAUAUGUGAUUUGGAGGAACAGCCCUCUGGCUCUUGAGCCAGCUGUCAGAAGAGUCUCAGCGCCACCAACUUCAGGGUCUACUUCUGUUCCAUUGUUCACCCAGAUGCAAAUGAGCCCAUAUGAACUAUCUGUGUCCCCAGUUCCUUCUCAAGGAAGAUGCUGAUUUGUAGGAUACUUGGUAGGUUAGGUUAAACCAGAAGAGGUGACCUAAUAAAAAAGGAAAUGACAUAAUGAUAUAAAGGUCUCAUAAGAAAUGUAAUAUGUAAAUUAUAUCUUGCUUUAUGAUGUAAAAUACAUUGUUUGCGUUAGAAUAGAAAUGAUUCCUUUUCAAUAAAAUGAAAGAAGGAUACUAUAA